AUGGACUUUUUCCACGUAUUGAAUAAUCUUCAAAGUAAACUACUGAAUUUAACAGUAGGACAACUACCAAAACGAAAACAGUAUACACUUAAAGAUGUUUCCGCACAUUGUACUGAAACAGAUUGUUGGAUGGUAAUACGAGAUCGCGUUUAUGAUUUAACAGAUUUUAUGCGAGAACAUCCAGCUGGCUCUGACAUAAUGCUUGAAUAUGCUGGAACAGAUGCAACUACGGCAUUCUCUGACAAACCUCAUAGUUUAGAUGCAUGGGUUAUAUUAGAAAAAUAUUUAAUAGGCGAAUUAGUGCCAGAAGAACGGAUGUUUGAUGAUGAUUAUUCAUCUUAG